AUGGCAAUUUUUCUCCUCAUUAUCCUAGCAACAUUCCAGGUAACUCAAGGCACCUCCAUCACAGGCGCCAACACAACCCCAGAAUCCCCAGGAGGCCAGCGCUUCAACUCUGUCAUGGGAGUAGAUGGAGCCCUCUCCAUCCUCGCCGACGCCAUGGCCUUCGUCCAGCUUGGCUUCGAGUAUAGGAGCCCCGACACACCUAAGAAGGAGAUUGACACCAUCCACUUCACAGUGGACGACAUGGCUGGGGUGGCCUACGCCAUUGGUGUGGAGAUCCAUCUCAGCGCACAGUUUGUUGCUACUUUCACUGGAGACUUGGUUUUUGAGCUCCGAGGCGUCUUGUACCACGAGAUGACUCACAUUUGGCAGUGGUUCGGCAAGGACGGGAGCCGGGCGCCGCAGGGACUGAUCGAGGGGAUUGCCGACUUUAUGAGGCUCAAGGCUAAGCUAGGUGUGUCGACCAAUGGGUUUGUGGGGUCGGGGAGCCACUGGGACGAGGGGUAUACCGUGACUGCACUGUUUCUAAACUAUGUCAACGAUCUCCAUCCGAGCUUUGUGGCAGAGCUUAACAAGAAGCUCUAUGACGGGUGGAGUGAAAACUACUUCCAGGAUCUGACUGGAAAGAGUGUGGAUCAGUUGUGGAGCGAUUACAAACAGAAAUUUCAAUGA